AUGGAUGAUCUCAAACCUUACAUCAUACUUUUCCUGGUCUGGCUAGUCUCGACCAUCCUGGUACGAACCAUACUGACCAAAACUCGAACCAAGGCUCGAUCACCACCGACCCCAUUUGCUCUCCCGAUCAUCGGACACCUCCACCUCCUCAGUCCAUUACCACACCAAGCAUUCCAAAAGCUUUCAAACCGCCAUGGACCCUUGAUUCAUCUCACUCUCGGCUCAGCUCCUUGCAUUGUCGUUUCCUCUCCAGAAGUAGCCAAACAGUUUUUCAAAAGCCACGAAGCUUCUUUCUCAAAACGACCCCAGUCGGUUGUCGUUGACCACCUUUCGUAUCCCUCAGCUGACUUCACCUUAGCCCCGUACGGACCUUACUUUCAGUUCAUGAAGAGACUCUGCAUGUCUCGGCUUCUGGGUGGUCAAACUCUGAGCCAGCUUCUUCCGGUUAGGAGUGACGAGAUAAAGAGGCUGCUGAAGUUGAUGGUGAAAAAGGCUGAGUCAAAGGAACCGGUUGAUGUUGGGAGAGAGUUGACUAAGCUCACAAGUAAUGUCAUUUCUAGAAUGGUUAUGAGCAAGAGAUGUGCUGAGAAUGAUGAUGAAGUUGAUGAGGUUAUGAAGGUGGUCAAUGAAUCGGCUGAGGUAGUGGGUACGUUCAACUUAUCUGAUUUCAUUUGGUUCUGUAAGAACUUUGACUUGCAGGGGAUCAAAAUAAAAGGUAAGAAAGUCCAUGAAAAGUUCGACCAUAUGAUGGAGAAGAUCAUAAAAGAGCAUCAAGAGCAGAGAAAGGAAGAUGGUAAUGGUGUGAAGGACUUGCUUGAUAUUUUGCUUGACAUAUCUGAAGACGAUAGCUCAGAGAACAGAUUAACGAUGGAGCACAUUAAAGCCUUUAUCCUGGAUAUAUUCGUUGCUGGAACAGACACAUCUUCCAUUACUAUUCAAUGGGCACUUGCAGAGUUAAUAAACCACCCAAAAAUAAUGAAGAGAUCAAGAGAAGAGAUCGAUUCAGUAGUUGGUAAAACUAGACUAGUAGAAGAAUCAGACAUUGCCAACCUACCUUACCUUCAAGCUAUAGUGAAAGAGACCUUAAGACUUCAUCCAGCAGGGCCAAUAAUAGUCAGAGAAGCCUCUGAAGAUUUCACCGUUAAUGGUUAUGAUAUUUCAGAAAAGACUCGAAUAUUUAUCAACGUUUGGGCCAUCAAUAGGAACUCAAAGAGUUGGGAAAACCCACUAGAGUUUAACCCAGAGAGAUUCCUCAGUAUGAACCAAUUGGAUGUGAGGGGACAACACUUCCAUUUCUUGCCAUUUGGGAGUGGAAGAAGAGGGUGCCCAGGGAUUAGUCUUGGAAUGCAUGUUGUACAGACCAGUCUUGCUGCUAUGGUUCAGUGUUUUGAGUGGAAUGUUGAUGGGAUAGGUGGCAUUGUUGACAUGGAAGAGGCACCUGGUAUGACCCUCCCAAGGGCUCAUCCCCUACUUUGUGUUCCAGUGAUUAGGUUUAGUCCUAUACCACUGUGA